CGCAAAGUUCGCGUCAACAUUUCAUAUUAAAGUGUUAAAAACCUUUUAAAAAAACAACAAUCAAGAUGCCUUGCAAAGGAUGCGGAAACAACUGCCAGUGCACUGCCGGCCAAUGCGGAGGAAACUGUGCCGGAAACCAGCAAUGUCAAUGUGCCAGCAAACCAGCUUCCAAGUGCUGUCAAAAUAAAUAG